AUGCCACCAAAAAAUCUCAACUUCAUCACCGGCAACGCCAACAAACUCGCCGAAGUCCAAACGAUUCUCUCGUCGACUCCCGUACAACUCACAUCGCAGAAUGUGGAUUUGGUAGAAAUUCAAGGGACGAUUGAGGAGAUUUCGAGGGAUAAGGCGAGGAGGGCUGCUGAUGCGAUACAAGGACCGGUAUUGGUAGAAGAUACGUGUUUGUGCUUUAAUGCUUUCGAUGAGUUACCUGGACCUUAUGUGAAGUGGUUUCUCAAAGCUCUAGGCGUGAAGGAGUUUCACAAGCUAUUGGCGGGCUUUGAAGACAAGUCUGCGCAGGCUGUAUGCACUUUUGCAUACUGCGAAGGACCUGGGAAGGAGCCGAUUGUGUUCCAGGGACGGACGGAGGGCAAGAUUGUGCCAUGUCGCGGACCGACGGACUUUGGCUGGGACGCAUGCUUUGAGUAUGAAGGCCAGACGUACGCCGAGAUGCCCAAGUCGGAGAAGAACAAGAUCUCGCAUCGAGGGAAGGCUCUAGAGAAACUGGUCGACUGGUUGCAAAAGGAGUUGUAGAGGCAGCAGCUGCAGAAGGACCAGACCAGUAGAGAUAGGUAGCUGGGCUGUGAUCGUCCAGCGGUGGACCCACGCGAUCAUAAGUAAAAAAAUGAUGGCGACUCACUCGCUACUCAACCAUGCAAGAACAUAGGGUUUUCCUCAUCCUUCUGCUCAGAUUGCGCCUUGACAUCUCCCUCCGCUUUCCCAUGAUCCUUCUUCCACUGAUUCACCCAACUCUCAAUCCUAUCCACAUUCGAAUCGAUAUCCUCCGUCUUCUCCGAAUGCAACUCGACCACAAUCUCCCCAUCAUACGCAUCCCGCGCCUCCUGCAACAACACCUCCAUAAUCUCACAAUCCAAAUUCUCCUCCAACUUCUUCCCUUGAUACCCUCUCCCCUUGAGCCGAUCAUACAACAAACCAUUCUCACACCUCACCACCACGACCAAAUCAAUCAAACUCGGCGGAAACAAAUCACACGCAUGCCAAUCAAUAAUCUGUCCGCCUUCUUCCAAAUCAUUCUCAAUCACAUCGAGCAGUCGAUCCUCGUCCACAAUUUGUAAACUCGGAUCAGAAGGAUCGUCUGAUUUUUCGCCAAUGUUGUGCUUUUUCACAAUCUCGUUGAUGCUCAUAUGGUGCAGACCGGGUAUCCGACGCGCGAGUUCUUCGGCGUGAGAGGUUUUGCCUACGCCGGGCGUGCCUGUGAUGAUGAUGUUGGGCUCGGUGCGGAGCAUGGUGGUGAUGGAGGAGAUGGCUCGGAAUUUUUGUCUGGUGAGAAGAGGGCGAUUAUGAGGGCGGAGGGAGUGGAGGGGGGUUCUUUUUGGAAAUGCGCGUGGGAUUGCUG